AUGGAGCUUAUCUCUCUUCCGGCCCUUCGCGCAUAUUGGUCCUCCAAGGACCGCCUCUCCGAGCAGUCCAUCCAUGAGGUCGAUUGGUUGUCUCUUGCAUGCGCCAUGAAGGCCUUCCCAGCAAAUCUCCAACUCUGGACACCCAAGCAUAUCUCGGGUAUGACGGGUGUAGGAAAAUCCUUGGCCAUUUGGAACCCUUGGGCUAAGAGCUCAUGCCCCCGAUGCUCCUCUUGCCAAGUGGAAGAUUACCUCCAUGUCCCACGCUGUUCUGCACCUACCGCAGCUGCAGAAUGGUCCAAACGCCAUCUGGCCUUCCGGAUCUGGAUGCAGACUCGGCAGACCGCCCCAGAGAUCGAGGCCGUCCUCUUUGAAUACCUGAAGACCGUCCUUCAGCCUUCCUUGGGAGUCCCUACUGUCCGAGCCUGGUCCCGCCAGCCUCAUCUCUUCCAAAGUGCCAUCUCCUCCCAAGCCAAGCUUGGGGCCUAG